UAGGGAUGUCCAGGAUACUAGGCACAUGAAUUGUAGAUCACAAGAUUAUCGCAAUGACCUUCCUGAUACAUCCGUCAUCAUCACAUUCCAUAACGAGGCCAGGUCAGCUUUGUUGCGCACCAUCGUCAGUGUUUUUAGGAAAAGUCCACCACAUUUGAUAAGGGAGAUAAUUCUUGUUGAUGAUUUUAGUGAUGAUGCCAGUGAUGGUCAAGAGCUGGAGAAAAUUAAGAAAGUCAAAGUCUUGAGAAAUGAAAAGAGACAAGGUCUCAUAAGGUCAAGGGUCAAAGGUGCAGAUGCCGCUAAAGGUCAGGUGCUGACGUUUUUAGACAGCCAUUGUGAGUGUAAUGAGAAGUGGCUGGAACCUCUGCUGGACCGUGUCAAAGAGGACAGAAGAAAUGUGGUGAGCCCCAUCAUUGAUGUCAUUAGCAUGGACAACUUUGACUACAUUGGUGCAUCAGCUGAUCUCAAGGGAGGCUUUGAUUGGAACCUGGUGUUCAAGUGGGACUACAUGACAGCAGAAGAGAGAAAUAGACAAAGGCAGAACCCUACAGCCCCUAUCAGAACUCCCAUGAUAGCUGGUGGUCUGUUUUCUAUAGACAAGUCAUGGUUUGAGGAACUGGGCAAAUAUGACUUGCAGAUGGAUGUAUGGGGUGGAGAAAAUCUGGAAAUUUCUUUCCGAGUGUGGCAGUGCCACGGCAGCCUUGAGAUUAUCCCAUGCAGUAGAGUGGGCCACGUCUUUAGGAAACAGCAUCCGUACACCUUCCCAGGUGGCAGCGGCCAAAUUUUUGCCAGGAACACCAAGCGUGCCGCCCAGGUGUGGAUAGACGACUACAUACAGUUUUAUUACGCUGCCGUACCAUCAGCCCGGCAUGUGGACACUGGAGAUUUAACAGAGAGGAUUGCUCUGAGAGAGAAGCUACAGUGCAAGCCUUUCAAAUGGUUUCUGGAGAAUAUUUACCCAGAGUUGAAUCAGAUUUUUGUUGAAAGGUUUGGAGUGCCCAGUGCCCAAGAUGUGGCCUUUGGCAGCAUCAAACAACAGCAGCAUUGUAUGGACACCAUGGGCAACUUUGCUGAUGGCACCCUGGGACUCUACCCUUGUCAUAACACUGGGGGCAAUCAGGAGUUUUCUUUAACAGAAGCAGGAGAGAUCAAGCACUUGGACCUGUGUGUGACCUUGACAGAGGUGCAGGUUGGGAGUGUGGUCAAGUUGUUCCAGUGUACGGCCGAAAACCCAAUGCAGCAUUUUAUGCAAACUCCCAACAAGGAUCAGCUGAGGGUCAGAGGUUACGAGCUAUGUCUAGACAGCAUUUCUUGGAAAUCAAAAGGGAUCGUUGUCAACACCUGCGACCCAUCCUCCCCAUCACAGAAAUGGACUUUUACCUUAAACAAGAACAGAUAAUACAGACUAAAAGAGGUUAGGUUAGAAGAUGUUAUCUGAGACUAGUUACUGUAGGUGUUCAGUGUUAUGUUAUGAUUGUAACAUAACUGGAUAGUGUUUUAUAAACUUUGAAUUAUGCUGAAAUAUUUUUUAACUAAAAUUAAAGAUUUAGAAAGCCAAAGCAUUAUUAACAUGUGAAAUUAGUAGCUGUUACAAGUCUACUUUUUGGAAGUAUUUGUUUUCAAAUA